AUGGUGAAAGCGAGUUGGCAGAGGCCUGGCUUGCUGACACCUCUCUUUUGGGAGUUCCCUUGCUAUGCAAAUGGCACAGAGCGUGGCUCCAUCCUCGAAUUCCCGACAAGCCUCUUCUUGCAUUUUGCAUUCGAUCAUAAGGCGCAGCUUAAGGGACUGCAGACAUUGCGUGUUCAUGGCAGAGCUUACAGGCUACACCCUGCCACGUUCGGCUGGUCGUGCAGCUGUAACGCAGAAGCCUUGACUUUCCUGACUGAGCAAAGCUCCUGCGCACAUCCGAUGAUGUGUACGCAGCCACCCAUGCUAAAGCUGCUGCCGGGUUCUGAGAAUUGGUGCCGUGUCGGUCGGCGAAGCCGAGUCAGCACUUCAUCGUUCCAGCCUGGCGCGGCCCGAACGUGUUGUACCUGCAGCUGCCUCCAACCCACUGGAGCUCCUCUGGUCGUCUCUUCCCAAACCUCAAGGCUCGUUGUUUGUGGCUUCGGUGGAGCAACGCGAAUGAGUGACCAGAAUGUGGGGUUCCACACGCUGGCCUCGGUGCUCGCAGCAGAGCAAGUCUGGUCGGUAGACCCACCGGACGAGAUGCGGCUCCAAGGCUUGCUCUCCGUCGCCCAGAACCUGGUCUCCACCCCGUGGCUUACACAUCUGCUCCGCGAGACGUCCUACAACGCAUCAGAAUUGGUGAUUGUCGGCUG